AAUAAUUUUCUUAAUAUUUGUGGUCAAUUAUUUGUAUUAAUUUUGUGUAUUAUUAACUUUGUGGUAUUUUAAUUGCUUGCAUUUAGUUGUGUUCCUUUUGAUUCUGAUUUACAUGUUUAGUCUGUAUUGUUAACAAAAUUGUUUAGUGGUGAUUAAAGAUGCCAAGAUACGACGACAGCCCGAGAGACCGGAGCCCAAUUGAUUCUCGCCGUGAUCGGAAUAGAAUCAAAUCACCAUCUGAACAAAGGAGACGUGGACGUGAUUCACCUGUUAAUGUUUCUUCUAGAAGUGGUAGUGUUCGUGAUCCAUAUGAUGAUUAUUCAACAUCUUCUUCUAGGGUUAAACCUGAACGUGAACCAGCGGCUUAUAAAAUAUUGUGUAUCUCCAAUUUAAAUGCUAAAGUAGGUGAUACCACUGUAAAGGAAGCUCUUAGUAGAGAGUUUAGCCGGUUUGGUGAUGUUUCUGUAAAGGUGUGUCAUGAUGACAAUGAUAGGUUUGCUUACAUUUACUUCCGUUCUUAUGAGGAGGCAAGAGAAGCUCGACACAAUAAACCAAGAUUACAUCUAUUUGACAAGGCUGUUGAAAUUGAACCGAUCUAUGAUCAUCAUCGAAGUAGCAUGUUGAAUUCAAGUAGCAGUAGCAUUAGUGGAAGAAGGAGAAGUGUCUCACCAGCAUACACCUCUACCCGUAGUGCCCGAGGUCCACCUGCAAGCCCACCUCCAAAUAAUAGACGACCACCACCACCUCCACCUCCACUGCCUCUCCAAUCUCGAAAUAAUGUAGAUAAAAAUGCCAGUAACAGUGGUAAUAGCAAUCAACAGUAUUCUAGACCAACACAUAGACCUUCAACCAGUUCUAGUAGUGAUUAUCAUCACCAAAGUCGUCCCACCGGUACUACUAAUAGACAAACUCAUCGAGAGUCCAAAAAGGAAAAAUUUCCCAAUUACUUGCAUCACAUUCCUCCGGAAGAUGAUGAUAAAGCAACCCGAACAUUAUUUGUUGGAAAUCUUGAAGUAACAAUCUCUGAACCCGAUUUGAGACGUAUUUUUGAACGAUAUGGUGUCGUUGAAGAUAUUGAUGUAAAAAGACCUCCUCCUGGACAAGGAAAUGCUUAUGCUUUUAUUAAAUUCUUGAAUCUUGAUAUGGCUCAUCGAGCUAAAGUUGAAAUGUCAGGUCAAUAUAUUGGAAAAUUUCAGUGUAAAAUAGGUUAUGGUAAAGCAACUCCUACUCCUAGAAUUUGGGUUGGAGGCUUGGGAUCAUGGACAUCGCUCUCUCAACUUGAAAGGGAAUUUGAUAGAUUUGGUUCUAUUCGUAAAAUUGAUUUCGUAAAAGGAAACACCCAUGCUUACUUACAAUUUGAUAGCAUCGAUGCUGCAACUGCGGCUUGUCAAGAAAUGCGAGGGCAUGCAUUAGGUGGACCUGACAAGCGGCUUAGGGUUGAUUUUGCAGACCCAAGUCCUUAUAGUCGAGACCCAAGUUCGGACUAUAGCUCUCCAACUCGACCGGUUACCACUACAACUACAAGUGCUACAAGAUACCAUGGAAGUGAUUAUGGUGAUAGUUAUAAUGAAAAAGCAAGUUCAAGAAAUCGUCCAUCUAAUAUUAGUGGGGAUAGUUUUAGUGGCAAUGAUGUUGAAGAGAAACAACGUGAAAGAAGUAGCUAUCCUAGUGGUAGCGGUGCUAGUGGCGGUAAUUCCAAUUGGAAUUACUGGGAUGAAUCUUCACGUAGUCCUCAAAUGAUCGACGUAGAGCUCGACCAAGAACUCCAGAAACAGGAAGUGGUGAUGAGUGAACGUAAAAAGAUUCGUCGAGCCUCUAUUUCCCCCGAUGGCGGACCAGGAGGUGAUCGUACUCCUGGCUCACCUCGAAGGCCAAGUAGAACUAGUGGUGGUCAAGAAUCAACGGGUAAACAUUCACCCAAUUUUGAAAUGAAUAAAAGUGAAGAACGUUCUCGUGCACCACCCCCAUUAGAAGAUGUUAAAGUUCUAACCGAUUUUGUAAAAUUCUGUCCAUCUGCAUGGAAUGGAGGUUUAAUUUUGAAAAAUAGCGCCUUCCCUGCGAAAAUGUACCUUUGCAGUGGUGAUAUUUCCCUUGUUGAUAUUCUUAUGAAAGAUCCAUCAUCGGAAAUACCUAUGCUCAAAAUUACCCAACGACUUCGUUUUGAUCCAUUAAAGUUAGAAGAUGUAUCAAGAAGGAUGAGCAGUGCAGGAGCUUCAGGACAUUGUAUGUUAUUUGCCACCGCAGGAUCAAGUAAUGCACAACUUCAAGCAGGAAUUGGUGAAGACGGAAGAGCAGUGCAAACUCGACCUCUCAAAAAUCUUGUGACUUAUUUAAAACAAAAAGAAGCUGCAGGAGUAAUUUCAUUAACUAACAAUGUUAAAGAAGCGAUUGGUGUUCUCUAUGCUUUCCCACCGUGUCCAUUUGCCCAGGAAUUACUUCGUAAAGUUGCUCCAAAUUUAUCUGGUGAAAGUCAAAAGGAAGAAUAUUUAGUUGUGGUUGUAGUACGUGGAUCAUCUUAAUCAUAAAUCAAUCAAUGUAUACCCAAUGAUUUAGACGACAAAUUUGACAAAAGAAAAAUACAACAACCUAAAUAUCCAAUACUCUGCAUCAAAUCAGCAACCUUUGAACAAACAACCAACUCUCUCAAACUUGGAAUGGAUUAUCUUUUUUCACCCUUCCUUUUCCUCCCUUUAUCUUAUUUUUUGUCUUUUCAUAAUCUCUCUCUCCCUUUCGACCUCCGUUCAGUGUAGGUUUUUUUGGUUUAUUCUUUUUUUCUUCAAUAUUCGGAAUCAAUGUGCGUGUAGAAGGUGCAACAACAUUAUCACCAAGAAAUUAACAUCGACAACAUCCCAAGUUUAUUCAUAUACAAGCCCAGAAGUCAACACUCACUCUCACCUAACCAAACAUCUUUAAUAUCAUUUGUUAGACAAAAAUUUUGUUAAGGUUUAAAUGAUUGGUUUAAUUUUUGAUCGUUUAUGCCAAUGAAGAGAAUCAAUUUUUACUCACCUACACAAUCAGAAAAGAAAUCAAUGUCAUUUUACCUUUUCUUAAAGAUUGAUCAGUGUUCUUUAAUUGUGCCAGUUUAACAAAUCAUUUAACAAGAAGAUAAUCUUUAAUCUGUUUUCUCUGAUUAUUCAAAAGUAAACCAUCAACCCAUCACUUCACACUUACAUAUAAAUACAUAUACACACAUACACACUCACCAAACCUCCAAAUACAACUACAACCACAAUAAGCACCAGCACCUACACGUCAGCACAAGUACCAUUUACAAUUGAUUCAAUUUCUUGUAUUAUCAUAUUAUUUAAAUGAAAGCAAAAAUAAUAAUUUACCAAAUUAA